AUGCCAAUUAAAUCAUUAGAAACUUACCUGUUUGAAAGAGGGUUGGUCAGAUCGUAUCCAAUUGAGGCAUUGAAGAACGCCACACUAGGUAUUGACGUUAACCAUUAUAUUUCAAGAUUAUUGACAAAUAAACGAGAACAAUUUUUGGAUGCCAUUGGUGGCAUGCCAACCAGUUUGAAAUUAUAUUUGGAAAGUGAUUUGAAGAUCUUUGAAGAGUACAAUAUCACACCUGUUUUUGUUUUCAAUGGGUCUAUGAUUUCGAAUCAGAAGGAUACUUCUGGGGUUUAUCCAUCUUCAAAUGGGAAUACAGGAGGUAAUUCUAAUUUGAACUUGAAUUCAAACACUUCAAACAACAGUGGUACUAAUGUGGAUCCAUUGGGCAGUCAAGGUCCUAAAACAGUUAGAGACUCGGUACUAUCUCAAAGACAUAGAGCUUGGACUUUAUGGAACAAUUUGCUGGCUAGUAAUCAGCAAACUUAUAUUGAUCAACCUAUACAACCACAAGAACCUUUCAGAUUCAAUACUGCCAUUGAUACAACAAGAUUCUAUGGGGAUUUAAUCAAAUAUUUCAUUGAAAAUGGUAUCAUCUAUCAAGUGGCUCCAUUUGUGUCUUGGUGUCAAUUGGCCUAUUUAUUGCGUAAUGAGUAUAUUGAUGCUAUAUAUGGUCCAACAGAUUGUUUGAUGUUAAAGAGUACAACUAAAUUCAUCCUAGGUAUGGAAUUCCCAAAUAAAGAAUUUAGAUUCAUUGAUAAAAGUAAGAUUUUAAAAGAAUUCAAUUGUACUCAUGAUGAAUUUGUUGAUAUUUCUAUGGCAGUUGGUAAUUCUUUACAGCCAACUACUUUACCACCUUUACAAAUUUAUCCAAUCCAUCAAUUAUUUGAUGUUGCAUUAGAAAUGGUUUUAAGUUCUGCAACAAAUUUUUAUGCUUAUCAAUUAUCAAAUCCUUUAAAAAAUGAAAGCUCUGUUUACAUUGAAAAAUAUCAAAAGGGUCAUGCUUCAUUAAGAUUUAUGCCUGUCUUGAAGGAUUCUGGGAAAGUAGAAGUUUUUAUCGAUGAACAAUCAAAAACUAAAAAUAAUGAUGAAAAUAAUAAUAAUAUUAAUAAUCCUUCUUCCAACUUAAAUGCAAAUCAAUCAAUUACGUCAUCAUCAUCUACUAAUAAUCCUUCCAUAAAUACUAAUUCUUCAAACCCAAAUUCAAGUCCAAAUGAUAAUAAGGUAACUACAAGUAGUAACGCUACCAAUAGCUCAUCGACUGCUACUAAUAGUAACAAAUUAACUCCUCAAGAACAAGAAAGUAUUGAUGUCACUUCAUUGGGCGAAUUCAAUCAAAUUCCAAAUGAUGUCCAUGAUUUUAUUGCACAAAAAUUACCACAUGAAUACUAUUUCUAUAAAUCAAUUGGUAUUAUCGAUGGUCGUCUUUUAGAUGUUAUUACUACUGGGUUUUAUCCAGAAGAAUCUCCUUUAGAUGGUGGUUCUACAAACUCAUAUAGAUCUUUGGUUAAAUUAUCUGUUGAUGCUUUUAAGAAUUUUGAAAUUAAUCUUUUAACUCAAUCAAUUAAUAGAUAUUACCAAAUCAAACCAAUAAAGCAAAUUAAAUGGUUUGCUCCAGAAGACCCUGUAUUAUUAACUAAUAGAAUUACGCCAUCCGUAUUUGACACAAUCAAUCAUUUGGUCGUUAAGACUGGCAGUAAUCAAAACAAGAAUACUGUUGGAGAUGAUGCUACAAAAGAAGGCAAAGAAUCUAACUCUAAUGAUGAAACUUCUAAUGAUCAAAAGUUUCAAUUAAGUAGUCUGAUUAAUAUAUUGGCUUCAUCUAAAGAUUUAGCAAAGGAUUUCAUCUCUGAUGACGUAUUAUUCUCUAAAAAGGUUCCAGAUGAGAAUAAAUUAUCUUCACCAUUUGAUUUAUUAUCAACAAAUUAUUUGAGAACUUUAUACCUCUUAGAAUUUCUAGAAUUUGAUUUUAGCAAGAGAAUUUUAAAACCAACUAAAUGGGGGGAAAUAUUAUUAAAGUUGAAUGAUCUAAAUAUUUCCGAGAAAUAUUUUGAACCAAUUUUGAUCUUAUUAGUUUUCUUAAAAUUAAAUGUUUUAAACUUAUCAGAUGAUACUCAACCAUCAAUUCCAUCAGCAUUAUCUCAAGUUACGUUACGUUCUUAUCCUCUAGAAUCCUCAUAUAUUUUAUUGAUUACACGUAUAUUAACUUUAUUCCAAAUUGAGCAAAAGCCUUCUCAUUAUCAUGGCCCAAUUGACAAAAAGACUUUAGUCUUUAGAGAUCAUUUGGACUUUGUAAAAGUUAACUUGAAAGAACUUUAUGAAGCUGUAACUAUUGCUUCUUUAACUUCUGGAGAGUUUUUAAGAUUAAACAUGGAUGAUAAUGCAUGGAGAAAUAAGAUUGUAGGUGAUUUGCCGUUCAAAUCAAGUUCUCCAAACACUAUUAUGGCUAUGAUGUGGGAAUUUUUCUUGCAAAAGUUCCUUCAUAAUGGUAACGCAAAAAAUGAUGCCUUAACUUUAGUCACCACUGAAUUUAAUACUUAUAGAUCUACUCCAAAUCUUGAAGGGCAAUUUAAGAAUUCUUUAGAAUUUUUAGAACAAGUCAGCUCUGUUUUCAAUGAAUUAUUGAAAGUCGGUUUGGUUACAGAAAAUAAUACCAAGCUUUUAUCAAAUGCUGUUGAAUUCGCCAGAACUGUCUUAGAGAGCAACUAA